AUGAUUAAUAACGCCCCCAAUCUCCCAGGUGCUGAUUCAGCCAGGAGCUUAGGGAGGGGAGGUCACUUUAUAAGGGCCUGGGGGGGAGGGUCAGAGCCCAGAGUUGUCCAGCCGGAGCCCUGGGUGGCCGAGCUCAGGCCUCAGCAGCAUUCUUGGGUCGGAGCCGCCCACGGGGCAGCCACAAGGGCCGCAGCCAUGAACGGGACGGAGGGCCCGAACUUCUACGUGCCCUUCUCCAACAAGACGGGCGUGGUGCGCAGCCCCUUCGAGUACCCGCAGUACUACCUGGCCGAGCCGUGGCAGUUCUCCAUGCUGGCCGCCUACAUGUUUCUGCUGAUCGUGCUUGGCUUCCCCAUCAACUUCCUCACGCUCUACGUCACGGUCCAGCACAAAAAGCUGCGCACGCCUCUCAACUACAUCCUGCUCAACCUGGCUGUGGCCGACCUCUUCAUGGUCUUUGGCGGCUUCACCACCACCCUCUAUACCUCUCUGCAUGGAUACUUCGUCUUCGGGCCCACGGGAUGCAAUCUGGAGGGCUUCUUUGCCACCCUGGGCGGUGAAAUUGCCCUGUGGUCCUUGGUGGUCCUGGCCAUCGAGCGGUAUGUGGUGGUGUGUAAGCCCAUGAGCAACUUCCGCUUCGGGGAGAACCAUGCCAUCAUGGGCGUCGCCUUCACCUGGGUCAUGGCACUGGCGUGCGCAGCGCCCCCCCUCGUUGGCUGGUCCAGGUACAUCCCAGAGGGCAUGCAGUGUUCGUGCGGGAUUGACUACUACACUCUCAAGCCGGAGGUCAACAAUGAGUCCUUCGUCAUCUACAUGUUCGUGGUCCACUUCUCCAUCCCCUUGGUGGUCAUCUUUUUCUGCUACGGGCAGUUGGUCUUCACAGUCAAGGAGGCGGCGGCCCAGCAGCAGGAGUCAGCCACCACCCAGAAGGCCGAGAAGGAGGUCACUCGCAUGGUCAUCAUCAUGGUCAUUGCUUUCCUGAUCUGCUGGUUGCCCUAUGCCGGCGUGGCUUUCUACAUCUUCACUCACCAGGGCUCUGACUUCGGCCCCAUCUUCAUGACCCUCCCGGCUUUCUUUGCCAAGAGCGCCUCCAUCUACAACCCCGUCAUCUAUAUCAUGAUGAAUAAGCAGUUCCGGAACUGCAUGAUCACCACCCUCUGCUGUGGCAAGAACCCACUGGGUGACGACGAGGCCUCCACCACUGCCUCCAAGACGGAAACCAGCCAGGUGGCGCCAGCCUAA